AUGGAACCUACCGAAGCUAGUACUCCACGGGCUUUGGAGUUUCUCACUUUGUGGCCUGCUUUUAAAGUUCCCACCUCACUGUAUCUAUCAUCAACGUCCACUACCACUACUUCCUCCUCAGGUAACUCGGUCGAUCCUCAUUCCCCUAUGGCAUCGCACUCCACCAUCGCAGAAAGGUCUUUAACGCCGCCAGCUUCUUCCUCCUCCUCUAGUGGAUCGACAUCAGGGACUUCGCAUGGGUCCUCCUCCGAUGACUCUUCCAGUCCCUCUUUAGAUGGAGAUUCAUCGCCGCCUAUUCCACCAUAG